AUGACAACGACGCUGAGAAAAGGUACGAUAAGGAAACUGAACGGCGUUCUCACUGGACAACGUACACCUGCGACAUCACUACCACUCCUGUGCACAAAGACUGAUUGGCUGGUGAAGAACAAAUACGCCGUAGAACUGCAUAACAUCACAACAGAGGACGGCUAUAAGCUUCUCUUGCAUCGCAUACCCAAACCAGGCCACCAACCGGUAUUGUUGGUACACGGUUUGCUGACAUCCUCACUCGCUUGGACACUACUCGGCCCGGGAAAUAGCCUAGCCUUUCUACUGGCCGACCGCAACUACGAUGUUUGGCUUGCAAAUUUGCGUGGCUCUCCAUAUUCGCGCAGUCACACGCAACUCGGAAGCAAAAGCGCCGACUAUUGGAGUUUCAGCUUCCACGAAAUGGGCGCAUAUGAUCUGCCCGCCAUAAUGGAUCACAUUGGGAACGAAACCGCUCUCCAGAAGUUGCUGCUAAUUGGACACUCGCAGGCGCUGAAUGCAUUUUUGGUCCUUUGCUCUGUUCACCCCGAGUACAAUGAACGCAUUCUGUUAAUGCAAGCUUUAGCCCCGAUUGUGCAGCUUCACGGUUUUGUGCGUUUCAAAUCGGGUGAUGUGCGUCGGGUGAUGCGUUUUGUUAAGGCAAAUUUGAAACAAGGGUCAUAUGAAAUGUUCCCCCCUGGUUAUCUACGUAGGAAGUGUCUCAAAAUCGGUUCGGACGACCAUCAAGAAUGUCUACAAAUCAUGAAAACCUUUGCGGGGAGUUGGCGAUACUCCAAAUCGCAGUCCAUUGAACCGCUGCUUUAUGGCCAACUUUUACAGGUUGCUUCGUUAAAAGAAAUCAAACAUCUACAACAAAUAUGGGAUUCUGGAGAUUUCGUUGCCUUCGACUACGGUGUAGAAGGUAAUCGCAAGUACUACAAUUCAGUUGAACCAUACAAUUAUAAUCUCAGUCUAAUAACCGCACCGCUUCUGCUCUAUUUCGGCGAAAGCGAUGCCAUAGCAACGCCAGCGGGCGUGCAUAGCAUUUACUCACGUCUCUUAAAUGCGGUGGUCGGUGUCUGUCGUAUAAAUGCCGUCAAAUUUAAUCACUUCGACUUUCUAUGUGCGAGCGAUUUAAAAACGUUGGUCAAUGAUAGAGUUAUCGCUAUGAUGGAACAACACUUGGCCGGCAAAUUGCCCUAUGUAAUUGAAUAA